AUGUCCGAACCACAAAAGCUCAAUUCGAACCCGGAAAUUCUCUUGAAAAAGAGAAAGAACGCCGACAGAAUAAGGUUGGAAAAACAAGAGGCCGCCAGAAAGAGAAAAGAAGAACAACUUAGAAGAUCCAAAGAAAAGAAAAAUAGAUUCCUUAGAGUUGAAACUCUUUUAGCCAAGAAAAUGAGCACCAGCAAAGAAGCCAAGAGAAUCACCAGAGUUUCAAAAGUUGAAAAAGACACCAACCAAAGAAUCAAAUUAAUUUCGAAAUCCAAGACUUCUAUCGAUGACAUUGAAGAUUCGACCAUUCAAACUGAAUCAUGGGAUGAAAAACCAAAAUUAUUGCUUGUGGUUAGAGUAAGAUCAUCGAACAACUCCAAGAUCCCAUCGAAGGCCAACAAAGUUCUCCAGGCCCUUAGAUUGACCCACUCUAAUCUCGGGACUUUUAUAAAAUUGACUCCAACUGUACUUCCAUUACUCAAGAUCAUUUCCCCAUACAUUGUCAUUGGAUCCCCUGACCUUAUUACCGUGCGUGAGUUGAUGCAAAAACGUGCCACCAUCGUCACCGAAGUUGAUGGUAAGAAAAAAGAAGUAUUAUUGGACGAUAAUUCCGUUAUCGAAGAUAGACUAGGAGAGUUUGGGCUUAUUUGUACCGAAGAUCUUGUACACGAGAUUUUCUCUCUCGGGGACAACUUCAAACAAGUGGUGAAUUUCCUUAGACCAUUCCAAUUGGCUCCACCGGUGAGUGGCUGGGGUCCAAUGGCCAGAUUGAAGAGAAUUCAAUUGAAGGAAGAAACUGACACCACAGUGAGUCAAAGAGGGAAUGCUCCAUUGGUGGAGAUUGAUAUCAACAAGCAUAUUGCCAACCAGAAUUGA